UUGGAGAGCCCGGGUUUAUGAUAUCCAGGAAGGAUGCGCAGAUAUUCCCACAGCCCCCUCCCCGAGGCUCUUGUGCCGCCGAGGCUUUGGCGCGGCCUCGCAGACGCUUCGGCUCAGAAGGACACAAAGGCCAGGCAGGGAGAGAGAACCAAGGGCCUUCCGAGCCCAGCUUGGAGUUCCUCCCUGCCUCAGCAAGAGCACCGCCGUCCCUUCAACACCCCGUGGCGGAACCUGAAACUCCUCUCGGGGCUCCCUCCGCCUAGACCGGCGGUACCCACCGCUGAGGAGGGCGAAGGUCACCUUCAAGAUCACGCUCACUUCGGACCCGCGCCUGCCUUACAAAGUUUCAAAGUCCCUGCAGCUACAAGUGCCAUUAUAACAAACGAUGGAAUAGGAAUAAACCCUGACCAGACAGCUGGGAACGUUUUCCUGAAACAUGGUUCAGAAUUACGGAUUAUUCCCAGAGAUCGGGUGGGAAGAUAUUGGCACAUGCAGGGGCCACUUACACUUCGAUAACACAACUAGCAGACAAAUGCACCAACUGGCAUGUCAACCAAGAAUUUUGCAUAUCUUGCAUUUCUGUAUAGAACCAUUGUUAUCACAGUGAACUCAUGAUAAGUAGUCAGAAUGUCAUUUUUGAACAUGAAUAUCUAGAGGAGAAUCUCAUCACUGCUACCAUGUCUGCCUUCUUUUUCUGAAGUGUCUCUAGGCUUGUUUGCUUUCUGAGUUCCCCAGUUCAUUUGGUGCAGACAUUGUAACCAAGGGCAAUCGGUAAAUGGAUGAUGUUUUUUGUUCCUCUUUAAAUGAAUAAGAAAGCAUUUUCUUGUGUUUACCAACAAUGGGACACUUACUUUUGUAGCCAAAGCAAAGCAGCUCAUUAAUACAUUGACAAAAUAUUAAUUUGAUCUAAACAAGGUAAUCAUGUAUUUGAAUAUUAUGAGAAGUAUUAUGGCACAUACCUCCAAUGUUUGCUAAAAGUUUGUGUAACUAUGAGGAAUCCUUUUAUUACAUUCCAAGAAAAAAAGGCCAUUUAAGUAGCAGGUUACCAUUGUGGGUGCUUAUAUGCUUAAAUUGUGUUUAAUGUUGGUUCCUUGAAAUUGUAAGAUUUGUUAGCUGAUGUAUAGUUUCAGGAGAGAUGUUUUUAUGUGGAAAUGCAUUUUACCAGAUAAUAAAUUAUAUAUUUCUGAGCCCGACUGGCACGAAACGUAAAGCCUGCUCACUAUUUCAUGAGUUUUCAAAAUGCCAGAGAAACUCUGGUGUGCCAGGCUGGUUCCCACUAAUCUUUAGGCUUGGGGGGUUCAGAUUUAAACCUUUCAAUUCGUUUCUUUCCUUUUCUUUAUUUUCCCAAUUUUUGAGUAAAGUCUGCUAUAGAAUUGCAUACUAACUAAUGGAGUUUAUUGUUAAUUGAAAGCCAUGAGCAUGCUUAGAGUCUUUAUUCCUAACUUGAAAAAUAUUGUUUUUGAAAGCAAAAUAAAGCGUCCAUCAGCAAUGAAA